AUGGCCUCUGGAAAUACUAGUGUAUCUUCCUUUGAAGUUUCAAGCCCUUCCCUAGAUGAUGAUGCUUCGUUAUCAUCUUAUGAAAUGUGUGUUCAGUGUAUGCGAGGUACAGUUGAUCCAGAGACAUUGCUUUUUGAUCCAGAAAUCGACCGCACCUUUCAUUACCGGUUAGCACAACAAAGAAGAGCCAUUGCAUCUGCAAUGGCAGCUGAAACGAAUGUUCAAUUGGAAGCGCGACUUCGAGCGGAGUUCGCCAGGACUCAAGAGGAACGGGUGCAGGAAGCAGUGCGCCGAAUCCAGCAAGAAAGAGAGCUAGAGGAGGCCAACCGCCCUCUCAGGGAUCUGAAUGAACCUGAAGAUACUGAGAAUCUCUAUGAAGCUCUAGAGAGGUUCAAGAAACUGUUAAGGAAGUGCCCUCAGCACAACCUCACAUUGGGAGCACAGGUGGAGAGGUUUUAUGACGGCUUGACUGAUUCUGCCAGAUCAAACUUGGAAGCAGCAGCUAGUGCCGAAUUUGAUGCUCUUUCAGCUCAAGCAGGUUGGGACUUAAUCAAUAAAAUGGCUGAAAGUGCAGUAAACUCUACCAAUGACCGCCAAAACAGAAGGGGUGUGCUGGAAAUAGAAGCGUAUGAUAGGAUGGUUGCUUCAAACAAGCAAUUAUCUCAACAAAUGACAGCUAUGCAACGACAGUUCCAGGCAGCCAAGAUAUCGAAUGUGAAUAGUAUCCAUUGUGGAACAUGCGGUGGCCCUCAUGCCAGUGAAGAGUGCGGAACAGAUUUUGACGAGGAAGUCAAGGUUUUGGGAAAUUCCCAAAAUAAUCCUUAUUCCAACACCUACAAUCCGGGGUGGAGGAAUCAUCCUAACUUUUCCUGGAGGGAACAGAACAACUCCAAUCAAGGAGGAAAUAAUCAGAGACAAUAUUCAAAUCAACGAUUUCAGUCUCAGAAUUCAAGAGCUCAACAAACUCAGGAUCACGACAGUGGCAGUGGGAAGAAAAGCUUAGAAGAGCUGAUGGAGAAUUUCAUCAACAGAGCAGAUACCAGUUUCAAAAAUCAUGAAGCUGCUAUCAAAAAUUUGGAGACUCAAGUGGGACAGAUGGCCAAGCAAAUGUCAGAAAGAUCCCCAGGUAUGUUUCCUCUAGAUACUGCCAUUAAUUCUAAAGAAAAUUGCUCUGCCAUAACUCUUAGGAGUGGUGCUACCUUGAGUGAGCCUAAACAGAAAAUUGUAGAAAACAAUAAUGUCAAUGAUGAGUUUGUAGGAGAUAUUGAACCUUUAGGAGAAAAUAAGAAAGAACAUAAAGAAAAAGAAGAGGAAGAGAGAAAAGUAGAAUUAGAAAAUAAGUUUACAAAAGUCUCUUUUCCCCCUUUCCCCACUAACAUAGCAAAUAGGAGGUUGGAGAAACAAUUCUCCAAGUUUAUAUCUAUGUUCAAAAAGUUGCGUGUAGAGCUCCCAUUCUCUGAAGUUCUUGAAAAGAUGCCUCAAUAUGCUAAAUUCAUGAAGGAGAUACUCUCAAAGAAAAGGAGGUUGAGUGAAGAGAAUGAGAUCAUUGAGCUUACUGAGGAGUGUAGCGCUAUUCUACAAAGGAAGCUUCCACCCAAAAGAAAGGAUCCAGGUAGUUUCACCCUACCUGUUAAUUUUGGGGCUUCAAAGCAAGUGAGAGCCUUAUGUGAUUUAGGGUCAAGCGUCAACUUAAUGCCCCUAUCAAUGUUUGAGCGACUUAAUGUUGGAGAACUGAAGCCGACAAUGAUGAUGCUUCAAUUAGCGGAUCGCUCCAUAGUGGCUCCAUGGGGAGUUGUUGAAGAUGUGCUAGUAAGAGUAGGAGAGUUCGAGUUCUCGGUGGACUUCGUGAUAAUUGAUAUGGAUGAGGACUCUAAAAUACCAUUGAUUCUGGGAAGACCAUUCCUAGCCACUUCACAAGCGAAAAUAAAUGUGGGGAAAGGAACAAUAUCUUUAAGGGUAGCUGAUGAGAAGAUCAGUUUCAACAUAUUUGACCUGAAGCCAAAACCAGUUGAGAAGAAUGAUGUAUUUUUGGUGAAAAUGAUGGAAGAGUGGAGUGAUGAGAAGCUGAAGCAGUUCUUCCUUAAAGAAAAAGCUGGAGCAUCAUAUAAGAAGAAAAAAUAG